AUGUCAUUGGAUCCAAAAUGUAAUAAACGAAACGUCACAGACAUUGAGUUAUUAAAUAUGAUUUCUGCAUUAAAUAAAGAUCUAUUGCGAGUGUUUGAGAAAGUUGAACAUUCUGUCCAAUCGGAAAAUACAAUCUUACGAUUAUACGUAAGUGGUGCUGGUGGUACAGGCAAAAGUUUUUCAAUUGAUGUGAAAAGAUGUUGGGUACAAAAUGAAUUAAAAAAAAAAAUUAUAGUUACUGCCCCUACAGGAAUCGCAGCAUUUAAUAUCGAUGGUAUUACAAUAUAUAAGGCCUUUCAACUACCAGUUGAACAUGGUUACGCCUGUCAGUACUAUCAAUUGUCUGAUAACGCAUUGAAAGUAUUACGCUCAGAGUUUCACGACGUCAUUUUGAUUAUUAUUGAUGAAAUAUCAAUGGUAUUAAGUGUUGUUUUACUUUACAUUCAUUUACGUUUGAUGGAAAUUUUCAAUACGGUAGAUCAAGAAGACGGUUGGUUCGGUAAAAUACACAUUCUUGUUUUUGGAGAUUUGCUCCAACUUCCACCAGUUCAAGAAGAUCCAGCUUUCGUAGAUCUAUCGUCUAAAAAAAUUGAAAAAUUUAUCGGCUCAUUAGGCAAUUCUAAUCUUUGGAAAAAUUUGUUCAGUUACGAUGAAUUAAUAUUAAAUAUGAGACAAAAAACAGAUUCUGAGUAUAAUGAUUUGCUCGCUCGACUGCGAGUCGGUGCUACCACUUCUUAUGAUGUUAAAUUAUUAGAACAACGGAAAAAAGUUAUCACCCAUGUGAAUUCAAGUAUUGUUGAAAGAAUAAAAGAAUUAUCUGAUUAUAUUAAUAAAUUACCAGAGGAUACUGUCUGUUUGUUACCUACAUGCUGUCAAUGUGAUAUACUUAAUUCUACAAUGACUGCUGGGUUAGCUAAAAAAAUUAAAGUUAAGUUAGGAGCAAAGAUUAUGAUCAGACGUAACAUUGACGUGACCUUAGGGCUUGUGAAUGGUACGAUCGGAAAAAUUAUGUCAAUUUCAGAAUCAACUCAAAAUGACCAAAUUGAUUCUAUAACUAUACAAUUAGCUAACAAAAAAGAGUACACUAUUGAACGAAUAAGUGCUAAAUUUCAAGUAAUGAAUAAUGCUUAUGUUAUCCGAAAACAGUUUCCACUAUGUUUAAGUUAUGGUAUAACUAUUCACAAAAGUCAAGGAUUGAGUUUAACAAAUGCGGUCAUCGAUGUGGGAAAUCGUGUAUUUACAAGUGGACAAACUUAUGUAGCACUUUCACGAAUAACUACAUUGAAAGGUCUUCAUUUAAUAAAUUUCGAUCCAUUCCAAGUUAAAGCUAGUUCUUUAGCUAUAAGUAAAUAUAAUCGUUUACGAGUAAAAUAUAAACCCGAAUUACUAGAAAUUGCACUUAACGAAAGACGCUUAAUGAAAGUGCUUGAUUUACAAUGGGCUGUGAAUGAAUCAGAUAUUCCUGAUAAUAGUCAUAAUCUUUCAGAACAGAUUUGA